UUAAGAAUCAGAAUAAUAGUAACAAUGAAGAAAUAAAUUGGAUUAAACCAGACAAAAAAUAUGGUGACGACCCGCUUAUGGUUGUCGACCUCUUGGUUGAUGUCAUGUUUAUCGUCGACAUUUUAAUCAACUUUAGGACAACUUAUGUCAAUAAAAACGAUGAGGUUGUCUCACAUCCGGGUAAAAUAGCCUUAAAUUACUUACGAGGAUGGUUUCUAAUCGAUGUCGUGGCCGCCAUUCCUUUUGAUCUCUUACUUUUUGGUUCACAAAAUGAUGAGAGCUCGAAUAUUUGGAAA